AAUACAAUUUAUAUCCCAUGGUAUUUUUUUUUGCUUAAAUUUUUUCGCUAACGCGAUAUCUACAAGUGGUUGAUGAGCCUUCUUCCUCUCGUCAAAUUUGCUGUGUUUUACCCAAACGUAUUUGAAAAGUUUAAUUUAAUACGAGUAUUUGAACGUGUAUUCCUUAAAUAUUUUAAUCCCUAGGAGAAGGAGAAAUUUGGUGUUCAAACUCGAAACGGACUUAUCGGCGGGCAGGCAUACUGUGUGACGGGGAUUGCGCGCGUGCAUAAGGGUGUAGGUCGGGGAGAAGAGGAGGGGGAGGAAGAGAUCAUGGUCCGCGUGCGCGCGCCGAGCGGACGAGGCAAGUGGAGUGGGCGGGGCUCUCGGGGAGGAGCUGACUGGAUGUCCAUCGCAGAUAGCGACCGCGCGAUGCUGGACCGUCGGUCCACGUUGCCCGGACACUUCUGGAUGCCGUUUGAGGAGCUGCGCUUGGCCUUCGGGCGCGUGGACCUCGUGCACAUGGGGCCGGACGAUUGGCUAGCUGAGCCUGCGCUGCGCAGCCGCCGUCCUUGGCGUGCGGUGGUGGCCCGACGGCGGUGGCGGGUGGGGUACAAUGCGGGAGGCGCCCCACCAGCUGGUACCGCGCCUGCUAACCCACAGUUCCGCGUGCGCGUGCCAGCUGCGGCCCCCGCCUGCCACGUGGUGCUCUCUCUGAUGCAGCAGUACGCGGUGCCGGCGCCCUCGAGCGCGCGCCCCAUGAUGCACACUAUCGGGUGCGCCGUGUACGAGGUGCCGCCCGCCGCGCUCGCUCGGAGACCGACGCUGCUCGAGCACUUCUCUGACCUGCGCGCGCUGGUCGUGACCCACGAGUCCCGCGCGCGCGAGGUGGCCACGUUCUUCACGCUGCCGCCGGGCGAGUACCUCGUGAUGCCGCACACGCGGCGACCUCACACCGCCGCCGCCUUCCUGCUGCGUAUCCUGACCGACGAGCUCAUCGACGUCUGGGAGGUGAACGAUGAUAAUGCCAUUGUGCGCGACAUCGCCGCCGAGUUCGAGCGUCAGGACUGGCCCGCACCGCCGGGCACGCGGUCAAUAGUCAACAAGUUCUUAAAGAAACCGGAAACAGAGGAGGUGGAAGCGGAGAGCACGCACGUGGUGCGGGCGGUACGACGCGCGGCGGGCGUGCGGCACAACGCGGCUGAGCGUUUGGCACGCGCGCUUGUAGCGCUGCGGGACCCGGGCGUGGCGGGGCGUGUGCCGGCCGCACGCCUGCCGCCGCUGCUGGUGCUGCUGGCGUGCUGGCGGCAAGCCUUGGAUGCGGCAACACGCCCGCGUACGCGCUGUGGCCUCCGCGCGCCUCUCAGUGCGUACCGCCUGCGCGCACUGCUGUGGGCUUGCGGCGUGUCGGCCUCCAACAAGGUGCUCGAGUGCCUCGUGCUGCGGUUCGCGCGCGGCACUACCAUCUCCACGUCCUCGUGUCUGCUUGCGCUGGCUCGUCUCCACCUCGCACACGAAAGGUACCGGACCCUGGAAGCCAAACUGAAGUCAAAUCCACUCUCCUUGGAAGAGGUGCGUAUUCUCGCCGGUAAAUACAUAUCUACACCUCGAGCAAAUGCAGGUGGAAUUAUGUGACUAAACAGAAAAGAGAAA